ACUUCCUGCUCUUGGCUGUCACUACCCAAAGACUAUGGAGCUGUGGAAGCAGCUGAGGCAGGCUGGACUGGUGCCUCCGGGGCUGGGCCCACCUCCCCGGGCCCUGAGCGGGUUCCCCCCAGUGGAGAAGGUGGGUCAGACCCUCAUGUUCCCAGGGGCUGACACUGGAAGUGCCAGGGAGAGUCUGCUGUGGAUCUGGGAGGAGCUGGGGAAUCUCCGCCGAGUGGAUGUCCAGCUGCUGGGCCAGCUGUGCAGCCUGGGGCUGGAAAUGGGGGCGCUUCGGGAAGAACUCGUCACCUUCCUGGAAGAGGAGGAGGAGGAGAGCAUCGAGGAAGAGGACAGAGAGCUGGAAGGGAAGCAGGAGGGGGCCUCGAGCCCUGCCCCAGGCCAACGCCUCCCCGACUUUGAGAUGACUAUCUGAGGCCCAGCCAAUGUGCUUCCGAGGGACACAUGAAUGAUAUGCAAGUUUAUGCAAAGAAGGUGGGGGGAUUUGCAGGUCAAAUCAACCUGCCAAUGUCGAUUUGGAAUUGGCGUGCCUUCCUUGAGCAAGAGCUUUUCCUAAAGAUGUCUGAGAUGAGAUGGAGGUGUUGAGCUGUGGGGGGUGUGUUUGCAGAUGAUGUGGGAGGUUUGCCGGGAAACUCUAGGUGUAUUUGCAGAUGCCCUGCAGAUGUGUUGCAGGGGAGACAAGGGUCUUUCCAAAUAUGAUGGAGAUGUGUGCAGAUGGCUGUUGAGCACUUGAAAAGUGGCCAGCCCUAACAGAGGUGCGCUCUAAGUGUAACAUACACGCUGAAUUUUAGAGCUUGGUAUGAUAAACAGAAUAUUCAGCAUUCUGAUAGUUGUAAAAAUUAAUUACAUAUUGAAGUGACAAUUUUGAGUAUGUUGAGAUAAAUAAAAAUAUGACUAGAAUCAA